GGAGAGUGUGUGGUCAUUUUAAGGCCAAGAAAUUAGUAAUUCUUCUGUAAACCAUUAGACUCUGUUUAAAGACCUGAAAGUUGCCGACACCUUUUGCCCCCUUUUGCCCCCUUUUGCUCCGGCCCUCUCCAUGCCUAGUCCAGGCCUCAUCUUUGUCGCUCUUCUUCUUCUCGCCUUAAUUCAUGAGACCUGCAGUGCCAAAGAUAAACAUUACUGUCCACCUUCUUCUUGUGGAAAUAAUUCGAAUAUUAGCUACCCUUUCAGAUUAAACACAGAUCCGCCUAAUUCCUGCGGAAUGACUGCAGAUCCAGUAUAUACUCUAUUCUGUGAGAACAACCUUACAGUAUUGUACUCUGAUCAAUCAAGAAAAUUCGACGUGAAAGCAAUCAAUUAUGACAAUCAAACAAUUCGAGUAGCUGAUGCUAGUGUUGAGGAAGGGAGCUGCUCCAUACCUCAAUACUCCUGGCGCGCCUCUAACUUCUCAACGUUUUCACAAUAUUAUCCUUAUUAUUAUUAUAUUUAUACAAAUGAUGUUUAUGUUUGGGAGAGCCUUCUUUUCAUAACUUGUCGAAAUCUUGUAAGUGAUCCUCUUUAUGUGGAAGCUCCUGCCUGCAUUAAUGGCAGCUCUUUCUCCACACCUUAUAGGCCUAAAUCUGAAGGCAAGAGGUAUUAUUAUGUGAAAGUCGGAAAGACAACUUCACUUGAGUUAAAACCCUCAUGCCGUAUUGAGCUAAUGGCACUUACACCUUUCAUACGGGAGAAGAAUUACGAGAACCUCUCCUACCUGGACAUCCAUCAUUGGUUGGCAUAUGGAUUUGAGUUGUCGUGGCUGCACGCUUCAUGUGGAAAAACGGGUUUUCACAUUAAUGUGGAAAACCAGUGCGCUCAUUCCAUUUUUUAUGACAAUCGAGUCUACGACUAUUUCAUCAGUACUGUUGGAUCCAUACCUGUCUUCAAAUGGAGGAGAAGGCAUUUAUCCAUGUAUAAUUCUAUUGAAGAAUUCUUGCAAAGUAACAACAACCUCAUGCCUGUAAGGUAUUCUUACUCAAAGAUCAAGAAGAUGACCAAUGGUUUUAAGGAGAAAUUGGGAGAAGGAGGUUUUGGUCAUGUUUACAAAGCAAAGCUUCAGAGUGGUCGCUUCGCAGCAAUAAAAAUGUUGGGCAAAUCAAAAGCUACAGGGCAAGAUUUUUUCAAUGAAGUAGCCACCAUUGGAAGAAUUCACCAUGUCAAUGUGGUACAAAUGAUUGGCUUUUGUGCUGAAGGAUCAAAACGUGCCCUUGUCUAUGACUUCAUGCCAAAUGGAUCUCUUGAUAAACAUAUUUUCUCAAGAGAAGGCAAUACUACAACUUUGGAUUGGGAAAAUCUAUACAAGAUUUCUCUAGGAGUGGCUCGUGGGAUAGAAUAUUUACACCGAGGUUGUGAUAUGCAAAUCUUACAUUUUGAUAUCAAGCCUUACAACAUUCUUUUAAAUGAGAACUUCACUCCAAAAAUCUCUGAUUUUGGUCUCGCUAAGUUAUACCCAGUCAAAAGUAAUACUGUGUCCUUGACCGCAGCAAGAGGAACUCUAGGAUAUAUGGCACCUGAGUUGUUUUACAAAAACUUAGGUAGUGUCUCUCACAAAGCUGAUGUCUACAGUUAUGGGAUGUUAUUGAUGGAAAUGGCUAGCAGAAGAAAGAAUGUGAACCCAUUUGCAGAGCAUUCGAGUCAGAUCUACUUUCCUUCAUGGGCAUCAGAGCAAUUGAACAAAGGAAUGGAGCUAGAAAUAAGAGAAGCCAAUGAAAAUGAAAAAAGAAUUGCAAAGAAAAUGAUCAUUGUAGCUUUGUGGUGCAUACAAAUGAAGCCAAGUGAUCGCCCUUCAAUGAACAAAGUCAUAGAGAUGCUUGAAGCAGAACUCGAGAGCUUACAAAUGCCUUCCGCCCCUUUCCAGCUUUAUCCCCAUGCAAUUCAACAAGAUGCUGUAACAAAGAAAACCAACAUCACAAAGUCUACUAGUUCUUCUUCAUGCAAUGAUAUAGAGACUGAGUCAAUUAGUUUACUUGGAAAUGAAAAUUAAGUGGGAUGGUUGCAAAAAAAGUAUGUAUAGGUUAGCCCUUUUGCAGUGUAACUAAUGUGGUAAUGAGUUCCGUGUUGUGCUAAUAUGUUUGGCAACCUAAUAAUGGUUGUGUAUACUUUGAAGUGCAUGAAUUAGCUCUGAUUAUUUAGCCUAUAAAAUCAAUUGGAGGAUUCACAAGGGUUCAUUUUUAUGUUUCAAAACUUAAUUAAACUUCAAUUUGAAU